AUGGAAGAGUUGAAGACGGAAGGGGCAACUGCGGAAGAGUUGAAGAGGGAUGAUUUGGAGGUGGAAGAGUGGAAAAAGAAUUCACCGGUGCUGAUAUUGAUCCGUGGAGUGCCGGGUAGUGGCAAGAGUACACUUGCGAAGCGGCUGGCGGCUCAGUGGCCGGAUUUGGUUCAUUUGGAGGCGGACAUGUACUUCGUGGACCAGCAAGGUGAGUACCGGUGGGAGCCUGCAAAGUUGGGGGCAGCGCACGACUGGUGUCAGAUGUGGGCGUACUCGUGCAUGUGCACGGGUAGUUACUCCGUGGUAGUCAGUAACACGUUUAUGGAACAGUGGGAACUGGAGGGGUACGUGGCACUGGCCGCCAUAACCCCGGUGCGACACGUCAUAAUUCAUGACUGCCCUCUCUUCUCCGGCUUCUCUAACUGCCACCAGGUCCCCAGCGCCUCUGUAGACCGAAUGCGGAGCAAGUGGCAACCGUCCGACAAGGUCGUUGCUGCUCUGCAACCCCUCUAUCCCGCCUUGACUUUUCGCCUCUCCCCACUUAAGAACACCGAGCGUGCAACACCCAAACACGCGACCCUUCCCGAGUGUGCGGAACAUACACAGCUAGAGAGCCACAUAGCCAGAGAACCAGAAGUAUGA